CCAACACACACCAUGGGAGGGCAAUAUUCAGAAACGACAUGAUAGGCUUCAUCCAGAUCAGGUUAGGCUACAGUACACAGUUCAUCUCACGCUAGACGACUGGCACUCCGCAGCGGGCUGCAUUCUCUUAAGCAUCUGACCUGAUUCCAGCAUCCAGAUUGCCACCCGAUUAAACGCAGGAUUCUAGUCUGUUGUGCGUAAAAUGUCGGGCCGCCGGAGGGAACUGAACAGGGAGGAUGAACUCCCGGUGUACUUUGCAAGGCCCAUCGCAACGGGUCCCCGUCAGAAACAUUGCGGAAUGUUUACUUCUGUGGAAGGGGCAUUCGACAACAAAACUAUUGCUUUCGACUCUACCGCAGUGACUACGAAAGGGGGUCGGGCAUCUCGGAGCGGGAGCUGUGAGCGCAUCCUAGACAGCAACUGUGCCAGUGACCGAGGUAGUGUUGCCAACACCAACUACCCGGCAAGCCGUGAGGAUGGCAGGUCGGGUGUGGUUGUCACCUUCUCAGGAAACGAUUACAUAUCUGGACGAGACAACGAAAAGAGCGAGCGGCUGCUCAUCAAAGGAGGGAGGGUUGUGAAUGAUGACCAGUCGUUUUAUGCCGAUGUCUAUGUGGAGGAUGGUAUAAUUAAGCAGGUGGGGGAGAACCUGAUUGUCCCAGGGGGAGUGAAGGUAGUGGAGGCCAAUGGCCGCAUGGUUAUACCGGGAGGCAUCGAUGUCAACACCUGCUUCCGGAAGCCCUAUGCGGGGGUGCCACCCGUGGAUGACUUCUACCAAGGCACCCGGGCGGCCGUGGCUGGAGGCACCACCAUGAUCAUUGAUCAUGUGACACCGGAGCCAGGAGACAGCCUGUUGGCGGCCUUUGAGCAGUGGCAGGAUGCGGCGGACAAGAAGUCCUGCUGCGACUACUCCCUGCACAUGGACAUACCGCAGUGGCACGAGGGCGUGAAGGAGGAGCUCCAGGUUCUGGUGCAGGAGAAAGGUAUCAACUCGUUCCUAGUUUACAUGGCUUACAAGGACCUGUAUCAGAUGACAGGCAGUGAGCUUUACAUGGCUUUCUCGUACCUGAAAGACCUCGGAGCGGUGGUGUUGGUCCACGCUGAGAAUGGAGACCUCAUUGCUCAGGAGCAGUUUAAAAUUCUGGGUAUGGGAAUCACCGGACCUGAGGGCCACCCUCUUAGUCGGCCAGAGGAGCUGGAGGCAGAGGCAGUGUACCGUGCCAUUACCAUCGGAAAUCGGGUCAACUGUCCUGUCUACAUCACCAAGGUGAUGAGUAAGAGUGCUGCUGACACCAUAGCCCAGGCCAGGAAAAAAGGUUCUGUAGUGUUUGGUGAGCCAAUCACAGCCAGUCUGGCCACUGAUGGGUCACACUAUUGGAGCAAGAACUGGGCCAAGGCCGCAGCCUACGUGACAUCCCCUCCGCUUAGCCCGGACCCCACAACGCCUGAUCACCUCCACACUCUGCUCGCCUGUGGAGACCUGCAGGUGGUUGGCAGUGCACACUGUGCCUACAGCACCUCCCAGAAGGCCAUUGGGAAGGACGACUUCACCCUCAUCCCUGAAGGGACCAAUGGAGUGGAAGAGAGGAUGGGAUUUGUCUGGGACAAAGCCGUGGCAACGGGGAAGAUGGAUGAGAACCAGUUUGUGGCUGUAACAAGUUCCAAUGCGGCUAAGAUAUUCAACCUGUACCCAAGGAAGGGCAGGAUAGCCGUGGGCUCCGAUGCUGACAUCGUCAUCUGGGACCCUGAUCAGACCAGGACCAUCACUGCCAAACUGCAGCAAUCGGCUUUGGAAUAUAAUAUCUUUGAGGGGAUGGAGUGCCGAGGUGCUCCAGCCAUGGUGGUGAGCCAGGGCAGGAUUGCCUAUGAGGAGGGCACGCUUCACGUACAGCAGGGUACUGGGCGCUUCAUUCCCCGCAAGCCCUUCCCUGAUUUCAGCUACCAGCGCGUCAAAACCAGGAACAAUUUGAUGGGCCAGCAGGGUGUGUCACGUGGUAUGUAUGAUGGCCCUGUGUAUGAUGUGCCUGCCACUCCAAAGUACAUCACCCCUGCGCCAUCCGCAAAGACCUCUCCAACAACCCAACUGCCCCCACCAAUCAGAAAUCUUCACCAAUCCAACUUCAGUUUAUCAGGAGCACAAAUUGAUGACAAUAUGCCACGGCGCUCUGGACAUCGCAUUGUGGCACCUCCAGGAGGCCGCUCCAACAUCACUAGUUUGGGCUGAGCUGCCUGCAUGGCUUUGUGUGUGUGUGUGUGUGUGUGUGUGUGUGUGUGUGUGUGUGUGUGUGUGUGUGUGUGUGUGUGUGUGUGUGUGUGUGUGUGUGUAUGCGUGCACGCCUGCGCAUAUGUGCAAGGACAUAUGCUCACUCUGUGUAAGCUGUAAGCAACUGUUAGCGACUUGUUAUGAAUUGACUUUGUUCUGCCGACACUACUUAGAACCCAUAUUUCAUAAUACAAAAAAGAUGGAAACAAACACUGAAAUUGAAAAAAAUGUUGGAAUGUAAUGAAUAAUGCAUCAUAUGGAAAAUAAUAAAAGAAGAACCUAUCAGAUCCUGUAUUUUACAUGUAUGCCCUGGUGUACCCAAGUGUUGAUAUAUUUAUCUGUGCUAUUUAAAUGAUGGUGCUCUCUCCUCUGUGACCAGCUAGUGACCCUAAAGCCCUUGCAGUAUGAUACACUACGUAUAUUGUGAUGCAGUGAUUUCUAGGGAAGUGAAUGAAUGCCUGUUUAGUUAUGAGUUGCCAUGGGGUGCACAUGGGUCUUCCCAGGCCUGAUAGUCAGGUGUGUGCUGUCUCUCCAUCCUGUCCUGUUAAACUGAGAGAAAUUCACAAUGCACUUUCUCUGGGAUAACAGGUUGGUGCUCUCUUGCAUGGAUGUAAUUUUGCUUGGAUGUUGAUAUUAGUUGUUCACUCUUAACAGUAUUCAGUAUGUUUAAGUUACACAUAUUGUACACAAAAGCCCUGUAGGUCUUUUAUCACAUAAAAUGUCAUACCUUAACACACUGUGGCAAUUGUCAGCUGUACCAAUUUAAACUGCACAUGCUCUUUUCCUAUCCAGAAUAUAUUCUUUGCAGUAUCACGUCACAUGUGACACAUUAUGCAAGUACACUUAAUGAGAGGAUGCACACAAUAACACACCUCUACAACCUGUAUAUGAAGGUUGCAAUGAGUAGAUUACCAUGGUUGCACAUGGGAAAUCAUAUAAGGGCAUCCGCUUUGUGAUGUUGAGGUAUUUGCUCACUGAAGGGCCUCCGUUUCCCUUUGUUUUGAACCUGGAAACCCCUUGUCUUCACCGCUGAUAAACUGUGAUGUCUUGUUUGCCAUGAUAUCUCUAGUGGUUCAAAGCGAAUGUUCUCUGUAAUUGUAUGGUAUUUAUAUGAACUCACCAUAUCAGUGAAUCAACAAACAUUGUGAAAUAAAAUU